ACAGGGGUCUCAACUUAUGUCGGGCAUUUUACCGGCUUCUACACCCGUGGAACCCCCAUCAAACCCUCACCCUUUCCAAAAACGUGGUUCGCUUCCAGACUGCACAUGUCCUUGGAUUAUCCAGGCCGUAAUCUAACCAAACCGGAAUGGGGAGAAAUUCAGGAUCCGAGCGAGUUGGCGGAAGCACAGGAAAAGUACUGGAGCUGGGCUAGCUCUCUAGCUAGGAAACUAGAUGAGCGUGCGAGCGUAUCUUCGCUGGAUGACCAUCCCACUGCUGAAAUCGAACGUUCCACUGCAGUGGUCAAUGGACUUGAGGGCUGCAUUUUCGUCGGGCACACAAAUACAGACAUGGACAGCGUGGCGAGUGCCAUUGGCGCUGCAUAUUUGUUCAACGGCACGGCUGCGCGCGCCGAGGAGUCACUGAACGGUGAAAUCACAUUUGCAUUGGAAUACGCAGGUUAUCAAUCCUGGUUACGCGAGAAAGGAAGGCAUAUGCCCGGGGCCAUUCUCGGUGGGGACGAAGAAGGGCUGCCUCCCUUUUUCCCACGCAUCCCAGGCGCGACGGACCCUUUUAGCGACCGAGGAAUCUGCCUGGUCGAUUGUAACGCCCCUGAACAAAUGGUCGCGGAGGUCGGGGCGGUGGCCUUCCCACCUCCCUCGACGGCGGAGGAGGAGACGAUCCCGCGGGCAAUGGCAAUGAGGAGAAGGAUUCGAGGUCAGGAUUGA